AUGAAUACUUUUAUCUUUUGCUUUUUGUCUUUUCUUGUUAAUCCUGUGUUCAUUUACUUGAUUUUCACGGAAAAUGCUUCAAAAUUUGGCAACUAUGGGUAUCUUUUGCUGUUUUUUGCGAUGUUCAACAUGAUCUACUCGGUUGUCAACAAUUUGGUUCCAAUUGACAUUCAUACUUACCGCUACUGCAUGUUCCUUAUCAUCAAACAUGGCUGGUUCGUAAAGCUCUCCAAUCUUCACAGCCACUUCUUGAUGCUCCGCGGCUCACUGAUUUCCGGAAGCUAUGCGAUUCUCCUGAUCCACUUUAUCUAUCGAUAUUUUGUGAUCCGAAACUCUACUCUAACCCAAAAAAACUUCCCAUUCUACAUGAUACUGUCUUUUUUAGUCUUCACAGUGUACUUUGGUAUUUGGUAUGCUACUUGCUUUUUCCAUGGUCUUGCAAAUGAGGAUAUGCGUCUGUAUGUCCGUGAAAAUGCUCGUGAAAAAUUGGGAAUUGAGAGUUUGGAUUACAACAUGUUGGGCGCCAUGUUCAAUGAGAAUAAAAUUGAUGAGACAAAGUUCCGCGGAUGGGCAAUUGUUGGAAUCUGUUCGAUUUUGUCAAUGGCUUCUAUCAUAGUAUGCUAGCACGAUUGUUGAGGAAGCUUUCGCAGCGGCCGACAUCUAACAGACUAUGAACAAGCUCAACAAGGCUUCCACAUCAAGCACCAGCCUGAAAACUUCCAAAUUUCAAUUCGAGCUCCUUUGAGCACUAAUCGUCCAAACAGUCAUCCCAAUAUUCGUCAGCUUCUCCCCAUGCCUCCUCUGUUGGUACAGCCCUAUUUUCGGAAUUCAAUUGCCUAGAGGAUUCAACUAUUUCGAAGUCAGCGCCCUUGGUUUGUUCUCAUUUGUCGACCCAGUUGCAAUUAUUUUGUGUCUUCCAAUAUUUCGGAACAGAGUUUUCCGGCUUGGGGGACUCAAAACACGGAAUGCAUAGACUGUAG